AAUUAUUUUUCUACGAAGUAUUAAUAUAUAUAAUCAACUAUAUUUAAAUUAAAAAUCAAAUUUAAUCAAUUUUCAUUGUAAAAUUUUUUUUUGAGGACGACUAUAAAAAGUUAAAAUAAAAAAAUACUCUAAGACAAAAGUAGUAUCUCUUCGUCCCAAAAUGUUUGCCACAUUUCGCACCACGAAACAAAAUAUCUAGUUUUUUUCCAUUCAUUUAAUUUAAAUAUUGGUAUAAAAAUAAAAAAUAAAUUUUACAUAUUUAAAAACAACAUAAAAAAAUUUUCGAAAUAAGAGGUGUCAAGAAUAUUGUAUGUAAUCAAAUAAUCAAUGAAAACGUACAAACAAACAAAAAUUUCCAUGAUCGUUGGAAAAAGAAAUGUGACAUUCUUCUUUGAACGGAGGGAAUAGUAUAUUUCUCACGUUUGACUUUUCAUUUUUAAAUUGGUGAUCAAAAUACAUUCAAAAUUUCAAAUUAAUUACAGGCCUGUUUGGGAAUAGCUUUAGCGUUUUGAAAAAACUAUCUACGGUUAGCGUUUAGCGUUAGUAUUUUCAAAGUAAUCUGUACCGUUAAAAUUUUAUCCAAAACGCUAACGCUAAUCUCUAACGCUAUUCCCAAACAGGCCCUACAAAAAAAUCCACAUAUAUAUCAUAUAUUGUACUACAAUGAAUUCUAAAAGUUUGAAUUUUGAUUGUACUCUCUGUGUCUAAAGAAUUGUACUCUCUCCAUAUUGAGUCAUUUAUUUGAGUGUCAUUUAACUAUUCACAAAUUAGAGGAGAUACUUUUUGUUUCUUUAGUUAUUUUUGUUAAGAGUAAAUUCCAUAAUUGAUCCUUUAUAAUAGUGAAGUUUUUCUAUUUAGUUCACUUUUAUAAAAUAUUAUCCGGGUGGUCUUUCUUUCAUGGGUUAUUUCCACAAAUAAUCAUUUUUUGAUCUUCUAUCAUGUUAAUGUUAAUUUGAUGAUUAAAAGUGUAAUUUCAUAAUGAUAAUAUAUCUUUCUUGAGGUCGGUUCUAGAGCCACUGGAAUCCAGUGGCUACGGAAGCCACUGUCCCCCUACGGAGCUCCGUUCAUGAAAUUAAUGAUUCCUACCCUCCCUAACCCCCGUUAAACCCCCCGCCAAGUCUCGACCCAAACUAUUCCCCACACCUACGUCAAUUGCACCUCACAUGUAUAAUUGACUUUAAUAUCAAUAGAUACGUUGUGACACACGAUUUUAAAAUAUCUUAUUUUUAUAAUAUAUAUUUAUAUAUAAAUGAAAAUAUUUGAUAGUUAAUGUUGUAUUCCAGAUCUUGAAAAGUCAAAUGAUGAAAAAUUAAUUUUAAGAUGGAAAGACUAACAAAUUAUGUAAGUACGGAGUAUUACACAGGUUCUUGGAGAAAUAUCAAGGCUGGUGAACCUUUACAAGAAUGAGACAAUCAGCAUAACAAUAACCGGCCACAGCAUGGGGGCAGCCGUGGGAACCUUAAACGCCGUCGACAUCGCCAUCAACGGGUUCAACAAGGCGGUGGCCGGAAAGAACCCCGCCUGUCCGGUGACGGCCUUCCUCUUCGCCAGCCCAAGAGUGGGAGACACAAACUUCAAGAAGUGCAUAUCAGGGCUUCAGAGUACUCUUCACAUUCUUCGCGUCCGAAACGCGUUCGACAUCGUGCCGAAUUACCCCCCGAUAAGCUUUGCAGACGCCGGAGUGGAGCUGGGGAUUGACACGACGAAGUCGGAGUAUCUGAAGUGCCCCGGGGACCCGACCGCCUGGCAUAGCUUGGAAGCUUACCUGCACGGAGUUGCGGGAUGCCAAGGGGCAAAAGGGGGAUUUAAAGUUGAAAAAGGGGUGCGUGAUAUUGCACUUGUUAACAAGCAUUUGGAUGCGUUGAAGGAUGAAUACUGUGUGCCAGUUUCAUGGUGGGUUGAGAAGAACAAUGGGAUGGUUCAACAAGGGGAUGGAUCUUGGGUUCUUAUGGAUCAUGAUCGUGAUGAGGAUGCUGAUUAGUGAUUUUCCCCACCAUAUUAUGAUAUAUAUCACUCUUGAUAAAUGUAACUUCCUCCAAAUUCCAUCACAAAAUGAUGAGUUUCUACCGAAAAUUGUGUCAAUAUUUGAUUGCUAAUUUACCUAAAUAGGACUAAAACAUAAUGACUUUUUCAAUAUAGAUCAUGUAUUUUU